AUGGCAUGGUCUGAUCUCCCCAUAGAUCUCCUUUGUUGCAUCGCAUCGCACUUGUCCAUUGUAGACUUAGUUCGAUUAUCAGUUGUCUGUACCUCAUGGAGUUCCACCCUUGAUAACUAUGCACUCCUUGGAUUUCAAUGUUGUCCCUCCCCAUGGUUGCUCCUUUCCAAUGAUAUUGAAGAGGCCUCCGACACACUCACCUUCCAUGAACUUACUAUAGAAAGAGAAGACGCUAUCCUCAGCGUCCAUCGUCGCUUCUCCUCCAUUGGUAGCCACACUUAUGGCCGCCGUUAUUUGGGCUCCAACGAUGGAUGGCUUGUGACCCUUGACAAAAUUGAUCUACAACCUCGUCUCUUCAACCCUGUCACAAAGGCCGAAAUAUCGCUCCCAUCCCUUUUCACCUUGAUUGAGCCACAAUAUGCCCCUGACAGCUACAUCAGGAUUUCUUUCAAUGAAAUUUUCUUUGACUUUACGACUGAUGAAUUUCGUGAUAUAUAUUUUCAUAAGAUCAUUGUCUCCUCUAAUGACUCCUCUGGAACUGUUGUUGUUAUCUUUGGUAUUAGAAAAGCGCUUGCUUUGGCAAGUUUAGAAGAUUCGACUUGGGUUCUCGGGCCAACAUUAUCUCCUUACAACACAAUGGAUGAGGAGCAAUUUGAGGAUGUUUGCUAUCUUAAAGAAGAUCAAAGAUUUUAUGCAAUCACAAAUUUUUCUCUUGUGCUUGCUUUUGACCUCAAUGGACAAAAUGUUGAAUUAAUCUGCCCGAAUAUGCCCAAUCCAUACCAACGUUCCUUUAACAUUGAUUAUAUGUACUAUAUUGCCUUUUUGUCAGGAACUCUUCUAAGAAUAGAGAGGGUGAUUGAUAUUACUCUUCAAAGUCACCUUAAUGCGAGAACAAUGACUAUCUCUAUUUUCAAGUUUGUGCCAGCUGUUGUUAUUUCUUCUUCUUCUUCUUCUUCUUCUUCUCACUCUCAAUGGAUCCCCGUCAACGAGUUGGGGGAAUACUCCCUUUUUGUGGGUUUUAAUCAGACAUUUUCUUUGCAUCACAUGGUUGCUACCGGAAUUAAACCAAACUGCAUAUAUUUCGCCGAUCAUUCGAGCAACAUGUUCCCCGGUUAUGUUGAUUGUGAUGUUGGACUUUUUGAUCUUUCCAAUGAUCGCAUUCAGUAUAUCCUUCACCCUUAUUCACGGACUAAUUGGCCUCCAUCAAUAUGGUUUACCCCAUCAAUUUCAUAA